UAGUAAAUCACCCGCCAUUACCUCGCUUUCAAAGCUUUUCCAUUCAGCCCAUCAGUUCUGAAUUUUACCUUCGUCAACAAUGUCUAAUUACUCUCAGGCUCACAUAUGCCAAUGCCUGACACGACUAUCAACUCUCCGGCCUAAUUCUAUCGUCACCAUCACCGGCAACCGGCAAACAACGGGCAAGCAGUUCGUUGAAAACGUAUUGAGUCUAGCCGGUGGACUCACUAAACUUGGCCUCAGAAAGGGCGACAUUGUAGCAAUCUGUGCUUUUAACAGUGAUUUGUAUUUGGAGUGGUUAUUAGCUGUUGCUUUUAUUGGUGGAAUAGUUGCCCCUUUGAAUUAUAGAUGGUUGUUGCAGAGCUUUGAAGAAGCGAAAUCAGCUAUGUUGAGUGUGAAGGCAGUGAUGUUUGUGGCGGAUGAGAGUUGUAGUUUUUGGUAUUCAGAGCUCAAGAUCAAUUCUAUACCUUCUUUGAUGUGGCAUGUUUUCUUGGAUUUCUCUUCAUCUAGUGUUAUUCAAGCUUCAAACAUAUUAACUACAGAUACGCUUCGAAAGCAAGGGAUAGGAUCUCCAGAAUUGAAUUACUCUUGGGCACCUGAGCGUGCUGUCUUGAUAUGCUUCACUUCAGGUACCACUGGAAGGCCAAAAGGAGUACUCAUAAGCCAUUCAGCUUUGACAGUACAAUCCUUGGCAAAAGUUGCAUUUGUUGGUUACUGUGAGGAUGAUGUCUAUUUGCAUACUGCCCCAUUGUGCCAUAUUGGUGGAUUGUCAUCAGCUAUGGCUAUGCUAAUGGUUGGAGCUUGUCAUGUGUUUAUACCCAAGUUUAAUGCUUCAUUAGCUGUAGAUGUUAUUGACCAACACAACGUGACCUCUCUGAUCACUGUCCCUGCAACAAUGGGUGAUCUGAUUUCCUUAACCAGGGAAAAGGAAACUUGGAAAGGGAGACAUACUUUGAAGAAAAUGUUAAAUGGAGGUGGGAGUCUAUCGGUUGGGCUUAUUAAAGAUGCCAGCAAAUGCUUCCCAAGAGCUAAGCUUCUGUCAGCUUAUGGAAUGACAGAGAGCUGUUCUUCUCUAACCUUCAUGACCCUCUAUGAUCCUACACUUGAAACCCCUGAUCAGCUCUUACAGACGUAUGGUAGAACAAAACUCACUUCGGUUAACCAACCACAAGGUGUAUGCGUUGGCAAGCCUGCACCACAUGUGGAAAUAAAGAUAUGUCCUGAUGGCUCUUCUCACUCUGGAAGAAUUUUAACUAGAGGCCCACAUGCAAUGCUUAGAUAUUGGGACCAAACUCCAUCUGAGGCUAGUGACCGUACCAAUGAAAUUUGGCUCGACACAGGUGACAUUGGUAUCAUAGAUGGUUCUGGUAAUUUAUGGCUCAUUGGGCGCGCGAAUAAUCGUAUCAAGAGUGGCGGGGAGAAUGUUCAUCCUGAAGAGGUGGAAGCAAUCCUGUUGCAACAUCCAGGAGUUGCUGCUGCCAUUGUUCUGGGAAUUCCGGAUGCUCGUCUGAUGGAGAUGGUUGUUGCUUGCAUUAGAUUAAGAGAAGGUUGGCGGUGGUCUAACGAUGAUUGUAAACCUCUUGCCGGAAAAGAGAUACUCUUAUGCAGUGAGAUCCUCCAGAAAUACUGUCGAGAAAAGAAUUUGUCCAGAUUUAAAGUGCCUAAAAUUUUCAUCAUAUGGAGGAAGCCAUUUCCAUUAACAACAAGUGGAAAGAUAAGAAGAGAUCAAAUUCGUGGAGAAGUUACAUCUCAUCUUCAAUUCUUACCCUCUAGUCUUUGAGUUUUCAAUUAAUUACAACUUCCAAAGGAAGCAACAAGUUUUUGAUUUGAGAAAAAAUGUAACAAGUUUCUUUACCUUCGGCGCUAUCUCACAUUGGAGUAGGAUAAUCCACUUCUAUUGGCUUCA